AUGACUUUCAGUGAACCUCAGAAACGCAUUUCUUCGGCCGCCGAUGUCGACUCCUUCAAGCGAUCUCAGCCUUACGCCACCAUCAUCUCGUUACUGGACAAGUACUCGUCUACAGUUCAAGAGCAUCUUCUGCCCCCCAAUGAAGACGAGCUAGCGGCCAGUUCCAAGGCUCUCGUCACUUUGUGUCGCAAACUCAGUGCUCUUAUUGACGAAACGCCACCGCUGGAGGGCCCUCGGCGAUUUGGAAACGUCGCUGUUAGAGACUGGCAUGACAAGAUGGAGGCCCAAACUACAGCUCUACUGACAGAGGCGUUCCCUAGCAUCAACAAGGACUCGAUUAUCGAGCUACAAUACUACCUCCACGGGGGAAUGGGCUCGAAACAGCGUCUGGAUUUUGGAACAGGCCAUGAGCUCUCAUUCAUGGCAUUUGUGGGGGGCCUUCAGAAACUGGGUCUCCUGGAAACAGAUCUGCCUGCUCCAGACGUGCUCUUCAUCUUUGAGACAUACUUUGUGCUUGUCAGAAAACUUAUCAUGACAUACUCUCUGGAACCUGCUGGAUCUCACGGAGUUUGGGGUUUGGAUGACCACUCCCAUCUCCCUUACAUUCUUGGAUCGGCUCAGAAGGUGUCACGAUCAGUAACUGCAUCUACCCUUCUGGUUCCCACAAAGUACGAUAAAGAGUGUCCCCCUUCGAGUGUCAUGAAUCCUCGAAUCGUCCAGCAGCAAAAGACUACCAACCUGUACUUUGCAGCUAUUGCCUUCAUUUACGAUAUCAAGUCUGGCCCCUUCUAUGAGCACUCCCCCAUCCUCUACGAUAUUUCUGGAAUUGCCACCUGGGCUAAGAUCCACUCAGGAAUGAUCAAAAUGUACAUUGCAGAAGUUCUGGGAAAGUUCCCUGUUGUCCAGCACUUUUACUUUGGUUCAGAGCUAUAUCCCUGGAAGGAUACUGAAGGUAACGACCUGCCCUACUCCAAGGUGGAGGACGAAGAGCCCGUCAAGCCCAAGCUUCCCCUUGGAUUCAAGUCCAAGAAGGAACCGCAGACUACUCCUCAUGCUCGUUUGCCACUUAUGGGCCCAAGAGGUAUGCCAAUGGAGACUGUGGAGCGUCUAGCUCGUCGAGACGGUCAGCGUGCAGCGAGAGAGAAGGAGGAGAGAGAGGACAGGGCUAGUGGGGGUGCUUCUGGCACUACUGGAGCUCCUGGUGCAACUGCAUUGCCUCCCACCAGAGCUCCGGGCUCAAGUGUUCCUGGAGGAGAUGCACCAGGCAUGGCCCCCACGAAAGCUCCUUGGGCUAAAUAG